UCUCCCUCUCUUUCCCUCCCUCCCUCUCUCUUACUCUCCUCCCCUUUCUGUUCCUCUCUUUCUACCUUCUUGCACUCUUGCUCAGAAAAAUAAUCCAUGGAGGCUCUCAGACUAGAAGCUCGAGCAUUAGGGUCCCUCUCAGGGGGUUCCACCCCGCUCAAGGCCCUUCUCCCUGGGGCAGAGGGCCUCGUCCUUCCCCCUGGAGAUCCAGCACUGUGCCGGGAGCAUGGAUUGACGCUUACCUUGUUCUGUGUGGAUGACCUUGAGCCAGUGUGCAGUCAGUGUGGACUGACUGAGACCCACGAGGGGCACAGAGUCUACCCCAUAACGGAGGCUGUACCUGACUGUAAGGAGGUCUGCUGGACGGAGAAAGAGGGUCUGUGGCUUAAUAUUGUCGUGAAAGAAGAGGAGGAAGAGGAGGACGUCACAGUGAAAGGAGAUACAGGAGCGCUCAGAGAGGAAGAGGAGGACGUCACAGUGAAAGGAGAUACAGGAGCGCUCAGAGAGGAAGAGGAGGAUGAGGCGGAUGUCGUUUUUGGAGUGAAGGAGCAGGGGGAGGUUACUGUCACAUUGGAAAAUGAGGAGGGAAAAACUGGAGAUCUGAUGAACACCGGAGAGAGGCCAGCCUUCCCCUCUGACAGCGGGAAGAGUCCCUCAGGGGAACCAGACCCAGAGACACCCAAACCAGUGAGACCACACCACUGCUCCCACUGUGGAAAGAGUUUUACCUGGUUAUCAAAGCUGAAAGAGCACGAGAGAACACACACUGGAGAAAAGCCUUACCAAUGUGCCAUUUGUGGAAAGACUUUUACCCAGUUAGGGGGCUUUCAAUAUCAUGAGCGGACACACAGAGAAAAAAAUACCUCCCACUGCUCUCAGAAUGGAACGACAUUUACCCAGUUAGGGAACCUGAAAAAGAACGACGGAAUUCUCACACGGGGAGAGAAGACAAACCACUGCUCCCAGUGCGGAAAGAGUUUUAAAUGGUUAUCAAAGCUGAAAGAGCACGAGAGGACCCACACAGGAGAAAAGCCUUUCCAAUGCUCCCAUUGCGAAAAGAAAUUUAACCAGUCAUCGCACCUGAAAGAGCACGAGAGAAUCCACACAGGAGAGAAGUCUUUCCAAUGUUCCCAGUGUGGAAAGGGUUUUACCUGGUUAUGGAACCUGAAAACACACGAGAGGACACACACGGGAGAAAAACCGUACCAAUGCUCCCUGUGUGGAAAGACAUUUACCCAGUUAGGGGGCUUUAAAUAUCACGAGAGAACGCACACAGAAAAAAAGAGCUACCACUGCUCUCAGUGUGAAAAGACAUUUACCCGGUUAGGGAACCUAAAAAAGCAUGAGACAAUACACACACAGGAGGAGACAAUACACACACAGGAGGAGACCAUACACACACAGGAGGAGACCAUACACACACAGGAGGAGACAAUACACACACAGGAGGAGAAGGCUCCCAGUGCGGAGAGACUUUUAGUCAGUUAGGGAACCUGAAAGAGCAUGAAAUAACACAUAAAGGAUAGAAACCAGGGGCGAAGUCGCCACCUGGUAAUUCUGGUAAAUGCCAGAUGGGCUGGACCAUUUUUUAGUUGGGUGGUCAAAAUUGACACACAUGUAUUUUUAAAAAAUAUAUUAAAAUACAAAAAUGAAAAAGGGGACAUGGCCUGCAGCCUAUGGACCUGUUAAUAUAUAUUUUUGUGCAAUUUCUCAGUUACACUAUUGAGCCUUUGGCUGGUCAGUGCAGUAGAACCUUCACUGGGCAACGGCCGGCCCCCCUACCAAGUUGGGCUGGCCAAUUUUCCCAUUCAAAGUCAAACGCGGCAUCAGCAUAGAGACGUGCUCCGACUGUCAUCAGUAAGACAGCCCAUAUAGACUGUCAUCAGUAAGACAGCCAAUAUAGACUGUCAUCAGUAAGACAGCCAAUAUAGACUGUCAGCAGUUAGACAGCCAAUAUAGACUGUCAUCAGUAAGACAGCCAAUAUAGACUGUCAUCAGUAAGACAGCCAAUAUAGACUGUCAUCAGUUAGACAGCCAAUAUAGACUGUCAUCAGUUAGACAGCCAAUAUAGACUGUCAUCAGUUAGACAGCCAAUAUAGACUGUCAUCAGUAAGACAGCCAAUAUAGACUGUCAUCAGUAAGCCAGCCAAUAUAGACUGUCAUCAGUAAGACAGCCAAUAUAGACUGUCAUCAGUUAGACAGCCAAUAUAGACUGUCAUCAGUUAGACAGCCAAUAUAGAUUACAGUAGCAGAAGGCUACAACCUUCUCUGACUGUUGUAACUAAGGAUAUUGCAGUAGCAGAAGGCUACAACCUUCUCUGACUGUUGUAACUAAGGAUAUUACAGUCGCAGAAGGAUACAACCUUCUCUGGCUGUUGUAACUAAGGAUAUUUCAGUAGCAGAAGGCUACAACCUCCUCUGGCUGUUGUAACUAAGGAUAUUACAGUAGCAGAAGGAUACAAUCUUCUCUGUCGUAACUAAGGAUAUUACAGUAGCAGAAGGAUACAAUCUUCUCUGUCGUAACUAAGGAUAUUACAGUAGCAGAAGGAUACAACCUCCUCUGUCUGUAAGGAUAUUGCAGUAUUGUAUUGGGGCAAAAUAAUCUGCGUUUUAACCACACGUUUACAUUUGUGAUGAUGUAAUCUUUAUAGUUAUGCUGCCACAUCUUAGCCUGACAUGCUGAAAAAGAACACUACUAUUUUGACUGCUUGUAAUGAUGCUGAAAACAGAACAUUAAAUGACUAUUUAGACUGCCUGUCUGUGUCUUGCUUGUAU